AUGAUUACGACGACAAACUCGACAGAGGGUGGAACACAGACUGAAGUGUAUGAACCAUUGCCAUGUUCCCCCUCCUCGGUAGUUGGGUUACAAAAACAAUCGAUUUAUUUCUCAGCAGUUAACAUUUUCCUCUCCAUCGCAGCAUUUCUUGGGAAUUUUCUAAUCCUUGUUGCCCUUAACAAGGAAUCUUCCCUUCCUCCACCGUCAAAACUCUUGUUUCGUUGUUUGGCAACAACUGAUCUGUUGGUUGGUCUCGUUACCCAGCCUCUCUAUGCUACUUAUUGGAUGUCCCUGGUUCACAAACACUGGACUCUUUGUCAAUACGCAAGAGGCGCAGGCUACAUAUCAAGCUUUGCAUUAUGUGGGGUGUCUUUGUUGACGUUGACGGUCAUAAGCGUGGACAGACUUCUCGCUCUGUUGUUGGGAAUAAGAAACAGACAAAUAGUAACUUUAAAGCGCACAUGUAUCAUUACAGUUACGUUUUGGAUUUCAUCCGUCUCCGCUGCAUCAUUUUCCGUUUCACAUCCUCGAUUUACCCUUUGGUGUGGUAUUAUAGUCAUACCGUCCUGCUCAGUGAUCUCAAUCGCCUCAAAAACUUAUCCUUUACAUGUAAUCGUCAUUAAUGCAAUAACAACUAUCUUGAUGUAUUUUAACUCCACUCUGAACCCGUUUCUUUACUGCUGGAAAGUCAAAGAAGUGAGACAAGCAGUAAAGCAAGCAAUCCGACAAGCACUUUGCUUUCCAUGGACUUAG